AUGAGGAUGAGGAUGAGGUGGUCGCGGGGCGCGGCGGUGCCGGUGCCGGUGUGGCUGGUGGUGGCCGUGGGACUGGCGCUGACGCGACGAGGAGCUGAUGGCCGUGACCCCGCCCAGACCCCGAGCCCCCCUCCGCCGCCCCGGCCCCGGCCCCGGCCCGGGGGGUACCGGCUGCUGGGGGCGGGCAGGGGGUCGCGGCCGCUGGCGGCGCCCGGGGAGGACGGCGACCCCCCGCUGCCCGGCGCGCGGGGCGGCUUCAGCGAGGCGGUGAGUGAGAGGAUCCCUCUGCACCGGAGGCUCCCUGAGGUACGCGAGGCUUUAUGUCUGCAGCAGGAAUACAGACAGGAUUUGCCAACAGCCAGUGUCAUAAUUUGUUUCCACAAUGAAGCCUGGUCCACUCUUCUGAGGACAGUGAACAGUGUUAUGGACACCGCCCCCAAGAAAUUUCUUAAAGAAAUCAUCUUAGUGGAUGACUUGAGUAACCAAGGGCAUCUGAAAGCAGCUCUGAGUGAGUACAUUUCCAGGCUGGAAGGUGUCAAGUUGAUUCGAAGCAAUAAGAGACUGGGAGUGAUUAGAGGUCGCAUGCUUGGUGCAGCACGAGCGACAGGAGAUGUCCUUGUGUUUAUGGACUCACACUGUGAAUGCCACAAGGGAUGGCUUGAACCACUGUUGGACAGAAUAGCCAAUGACAGAACCCGUGUUGUAUCUCCUGUUAUAGAUGUCAUUGACUGGAAGACCUUUCAAUAUUAUCACUCAGUUGAUCUGCAACGGGGGGUUUUCAACUGGAAGCUGGACUUUCAUUGGGAACCAAUACCAAAAUAUCAACAAAAAUGGCGUCAGUCUCCCAUCAGCCCAAUCAGGAGCCCAGCAGUUCCUGGGAUGUUAAUGAUCAAUCGGCAUUACUUCCAAAAUCUUGGUGCAUAUGAUCCUGGAAUGUCAAUGUGGGGAGCAGAGAAUGUGGAACUCUCCCUCAGGGUCUGGCUCUGUGGUGGUUCAGUGGAAAUCCUGCCCUGCUCUCGGGUUGGUCACGUGUACCGGGACCACAUCCCAUAUUACCUGUCAGAUGAAGAGACGGUGUGGAAAAACAAAAUCCGUGUUGCUGAGGUCUGGAUGGAUUCUUUCAAGGAGAUUUUCUACAAGCAAGAAACGCCUGCAUAUUUGCUCAGUAAGACGAAGGCACCAGAUUACAUGGAGAGACUGCAGCUGCGGACAACGCUGGGCUGUAAGAAUUUUCGUUGGUUUUUAAAUAACAUCUACCCUGAACUCUAUGUGCCUGAGGAUAAACCAGGAAGCUCCGGGGAGGCAAGACAACGUUUUUUGCUCUACAACAUUGGCAUGGGCUACUGUGCAGAUUAUAAAACCAAAUGGGACACAGGGGGCUAUCCUGUGGCACUCACUCCAUGCAAUGGCAAUGGGAAUCAGCACUUUGAAUAUAACAGUGGAAGAGAAAUUUGGUUUGGAUCCAUUCUACAAUUUUGCUUUGAUGUUCUAAAUGAACAGAUCAUACUCCAGGAAUGUACCAUUGAGGGGAGAACAGAACCACAACGACAGUGGGAUGUUAGGAAGAAUGGAGAAAUUAUCCACAUGCUUUCUGGCAAGUGCAUUGAGGCAAUUGGGAAUGGAACGAGCAAAGACUUGUUUCUCCGGCCAUGCAACAAGCAGAGCAACCAGUUAUGGCGAUUUGAGCAACUGAUAGUCAUGAACGAGAGAUGACCUGCCGUUGUGAGCAGACUGUGGCUCAGUGCCAUGCUCUCCCGCUUAGCCAGUAGGAGUGCAGCAUGUCAAGAAUCUGCAGAACCUGAAUUUGCCGACAAUAAAGAAUGCUGUGUACUUCUAUUGCCUGAAGUAAUUCAUAAUAGCACAGUCUUCUAAGGAUGCCUUUGAAUGGUACUGGUGAAGCCAAACACUGGUGUCUGCAUUGUGUGGCAUGACCGAUUGCUCUGAACAUUAGCUGUAUCAAGGACUGAGGAGGGAGCAACCAAACUGGUUCUGAUUUGUUUUGUUGGACAACCACUGAAUAUCUUAACUAUCUGAACAAAACCUAAAGUUCUACAUGAAUCAAAUUAUUCUGCUUUUGCCUUAGUUGUGCCAAAUACUACAAAAAAUAUUUUUUUUAAAAAAUAGGUCACUAAAUAAAAAU